AUGGCAGUGGCGGUCAAAGUGAUGUUAGUGGAGUGGGAGCGGGAGCGGGAGGAGCAGAAGCUGCAAGAGGAUGCGAGGCCGGAAGAGAAAGAGGAAGUCUGGAUGUGGUCAUUGCAUGCGGAUGCAGUGGGGCCUCUGGUGGUGACGUUAGCAAGUCUGUGCGGCGGAAAGUACAACGGCCGCUCUGACGCCGCGGCCACCAACGCCACUAACACCAUUGCGGCGUCGACGUCGACCAGUUCAGGCACGACGGUGAUUUUGGCACACGGUCGCAACCGGUUUGCGGAGGCAGCGUUUUGGCGCCACGCCGAGGCGGCAGGUUUUAAAGCGGAGGCCGUACCGUGGGACGAGCUGGAUCCUGUGUACCGCUGUACGGAUGUGGAUGUGUAUCGGAUGCGGCUGGUUGGCCGGGGCGAUGGCGCCCUCGUGGAGUAG